AUGCGUUGCAUCGUUUUCAUUUCUUUUCUUCUCGUCGUUAUUUUUGCAGCCGACGAAAGCUCUCAGCAAGUAUGUUUGAGCUCAUGUGGAGAAGCGUGCAAUCAGCCGAGUUGUCUCAAGAGUUCUCAAUGCUCUCAAAAAUGUCUUCCAUCUUGUUUACUUGAUUGUGCAAAGGAAUCGAUUGGCGAUGAAGAUGGCCAGCAAAUUUGUUUGAAUGCAUGCGGUGAAGCAUGUAAACAAGAAAGUUGUGUCAAUGAUUCACAAUGUGCAACGACAUGUCUCCCAUCGUGUCUCAACUCUUGUCCACAGCAA